AUGACGGACGUCACGACGGCGCGCGCUAGGGCGCUCGCCGCGAGUGCGUUGAGGAACGCCGACGUCAUGUUCGGCGCCGACAGAGCGCUCGAUCGCGGUGGUGGCUCGAAUUGGAGAGCUCGGGACGGCUCAGACGGGAGCGCCGAGGCGGCGAGAACGUCCCUGCGGGUGAAAAUCGCAAACGAGUACGCGAGUGUGCGAACGCUGGCGCGCGAGAACGAGUUGGCGGGGAGUAAGGGAGAGGAUGGAGGGAGAGGGCGGAGCGGACGCGGGUCGGCGGCGGCGGCUGAAGCGCCAGUGAAGGCGGAGCGGAAGCGGAAGAAGGAGCCGAGUGAUAUCGCGUCGAUGAUUGAUUCAAUUGAUGAGCAGGACGUGCGGGAUGGAGGCGCCGGGGCGGGACCGUCCACGGCGUUGGCGCCGUUCCGAGGCGAGGAUGCGAAGAAAAACUUACCGGUGUCCAUCUUUGGGCGACACGCGAACGCGAACACCGGUGCAAACAUCGCGAAGAGAUUGGCGAGCGAGUGGCCCGAGCCGGAGUGGCGAGCGCCUUGGAAGCUCUAUCGUGUGAUCUCCGGGCAUCAAGGCUGGGUGCGCUCGGUCGCGGUGGACCCUGAGAAUAAAUGGUUUGUCACUGGCAGCGCCGAUCGAACCAUAAAGGUCUGGGACUUAGCAAGCGGUGGGCUUAAGCUGACGUUGACGGGACACAUCGAACAAGUCACUGGUCUCGUUGUGAGCCCUCGGCACCCGUACAUGUUUUCGUGCGGCUUGGACAAGAAGGUCAAGUGUUGGGAUUUAGAGUACAACAAGGUGAUUCGAAACUAUCACGGACAUCUUUCCGGGGUGUAUUCCAUCGCGAUGCACCCGACUUUGGACCUGUUGUUCACCGGUGGUCGUGACAGCGCGUGCCGGGUGUGGGAUAUUCGUACCAAACAGCAGGUAUACUGCCUCACCGGCCACGACAACACGGUUGGCUCCAUCUUGGCGCAGGAUGAGAAUCCACAGCUCGUCACUGGUUCGUAUGACGGCACCAUUCGCAUGUGGGACUUGGCGAUGGGCAAGAGUAUCAAUACGUUGACGCAUCACAAGAAGGGCGUACGCGCCAUGGUGAUGCAUAAGAAAGAGUUCGCUUUUGUCUCCGCCUCGGCAGAUAACAUAAAAAAGUUUUCGUGCCACGGUGACUUCAUGCACAACAUGUUGUCUCAACAAAAGGCCAUCGUGAACACUUUAUCCAUGAACGACGACGACGUCAUCUUUAGUGGUGGUGAUAACGGUAGCAUGUGCUUCUGGGAUUACAAAUCUGGUCACUGCUUUCAGCAAGAGAAGGCUUUGGUUCAGCCAGGCUCUCUCGAGGCAGAGUGCGGGAUUUACGCGUCAACCUUCGAUCUCACGGGCUCGCGUUUGAUUACGUGCGAGGCGGAUAAAACCAUCAAGAUGUGGAAAGAGGACGUGAAUGCGACGCCUGAAUCAAACCCAAUCCUUCCCUUUGAGCCUCCCAAGAACGUGCGUCGGGGCGGUGGAUGA